UGUCGAAAUAUAAAAAAAUCUCUUCAUUUUACCCCACGAGUAUUUUUAAAUCCAAAUUGCCUGUUUAUGGAGAGGUUAGCGUAUCCCCUUCCUAUAAAUCCAAAUGCCAAAUAUCUCUCCAACUCAAUAUCGAAUGUUUUGUACUGCAUUAACAAAUUCGAUAAAAGCACACUUGCAUGGCCGACCUGCCCAAAGAAAACGAAAGUGUGGAAUAGAAAAAGGCUCCAACCUCCUCCGGAAGUUCCUUUAGCCGGAACUGCAUCCUGUGUGAUCCCAAAAAGGGGAUGUUCUAUAUCAAGAAGUAGUGCUAGAGCCGAUAAGAAAAAUACCUUCUACCAAAUUCUUCGGGCCAGUCAAGAUCAGCCGCAUUAUGAAGAAUGUUGCAGAUAUAAACGUAAAAACAAAGAUGCUCAAUUCGAACGUAAUAUUAAAAAUGACAGCACUUACGAUGAUAUAUAUGAUAUAGUAAAAACACACCAUCCAUACAAAAAUCAAACGGAAUAUAAAAAGCACCCAGACCGACAUAAAUCAUUGAAUGAACAACCUCAUAUGAAGGAGAUCUUAUACAAUCGUGCAUACGCUACUGAAAAAGAAGGAACGCACCUACAAUACAAAAAAAAACCUGAACACGAGCAGUAUCCUGUGUGGAAAGUCUAUCAAAUUCGUCCAUCCGUCACUAAGAGUACAGAAUACCAGCAAAAUUCUAAAGGCACAACUCAUAAAUCACCUGCUAAGUCAAAACCGAAAGGGAUUUAUAGUCUGCGAGAGAGAACAAAUGAGCUUUCAAUGUCGAAAAGUAACUUACAUCUGCCUUAUAAACAAGGUGAACAUCAAGUGAAAAAAACGAGUAAUUUACGACAAGGAUCUGGUAAGCGGAAAGAAAGUUCUAAAAACCAAACACAGAGGUUCAGAAAAUCAACUAAUGACGAAAAUCUUAUUAAAAAAAAAACUAAAAAAAUCACAAAGACAAGUAUACAACAAGAAAAUUUCAAAAAAAGUUCCGAGACCAAGCCUAAUUUUUCCACCACUCAAAAUCCAGUUACAAAUAAACAAACUGUUCCUGAGGCACCAAUUAAUUCCAGAGAAGAAACUGACAAUAAAGAUGGUAAAUUGAACUCCGAAUCUCUGUCAACCGCUGUCAAGAAUCAAGAAAGGUCUCGUAGGAACAGUGAUGAGCAGAGAAAGUCCGAUGUAGAUAGAGGCAAAAUAUCACCAAGAAAAUUAAGUUUAAGGUUUAAGUCAUUUACUAACGAAAAUGACUCAAAAAUUUUUAUUGUUCGUGGAAGAAAUUCAGCAGGAAAACCAAAUAUGUCUUUUGUUGACCGUCGCCCAAUAAAGGAGAUCUAUAAGAUUCAAGAAAUUUCCAAUACGUCUCAUAAAAAUGAAGAAAACAUUGAAAGGGAAAUUGACAAGGCCGAUCCUUAUAUUCAAGGCAAAUCAAAUUGGAGCACUAAUCAGCAGGAACCAAUAACCAAAAAGUUUGAAAAUGAUUUGGUCCAGAAGACUCCUAUUAAACAGAUCUAUAAGGCUCGAGAGAGACCCCAAAAUCUAAAAAAUAAUCAGGGAAGUUUCAAAGGAGAAAUUGAUCUAAAAGCAACUAAUCCAAUGCCCGAUUCUAUCAUUGUCAAAGAUUUUUCAAAUCAAGUUCACAAAUUACGAAAGGGAUCGAAUAAUCAUAUAAAUUCAAAUGCCAAAUUAAACCGUAAGUCUAUUAACACAAAACAUCCUAAAAAAGAAAUCCAAAUCUAUCAAGAAAAAUCAGAAAAGCCCAACAAUACAGCUGGUAAAGUAAAAACAAGGGUUCCUAUUGGCAAACAUCUUUCAAAAAAUAUUCACAGAGCUCAAAAAAUAUCAAAAACUAGUAGUUCCCAGCAGUUAAAUUACAAGGAAAAAAAAGAAAAAAUAUAUGAUAAACCAAACAAUAGGACUCCCAUUAAAAAGCCUAAAGAACUAGUGACACAGUUAAAAACUUUAAUCACGGAACCCGGUCCUGUGCCAAAAAUCUAUUUUGUAAGUGCGAGAAAUUCCAAGGACGAACCAGACUCUUUGAAUCCAGGAUCAUUACCUAUCAAAACUCCUGCAAAGGAAAUCAAUCAAGUUCAGGGGAGAUCCUCCGAAGUCACGGAGCAGAAAGGAAAUGACGAUCAGGAACCGGAAAGAGCAGCUCCUGCCCUUCAAAAUAGUUCUAAUGAGUCCAAAAAUCAGCAGAAAAACGACAAAGAAAAACCACCCAAGACACUAAAUAUAAUAAAGAAUGAGAAGCAGGGAAAAAUCGAAGAAGUAUCAAACCAGACAUCUACUGUCUUUAUGUCCAAAUAUUUCAAUAUUCUUAAUCGCCCUAUUAAAGAGGAUAAUAAAAAUCCUCUUGGCGCCAAUAAGAACAGUGAGCUACAGGAAAAUGUGAAAGAUCAUCUUGCUUCCAAUAAAGAUACUGAGCUACAGGACAAUCUGAAAAAUCCACUUGUAUUCAAUAAAGACAGUGAGCUAAAAGAAAGUCUUCAAAAUCCAGUUAUAGACAAUAAAGACAGUGAGCUACAGGAAAGUCUACAAAAUCCACUUGUAUUCAAUGAAGACAGUGAGCUACAGGAAAGUCUUCAAAGUCCAGUUGUAUUUAAUGAAAACAGUGAUUUACAGGAACCUCUUCAAAAUUCGUCCAUAAUCAAUAACGACAGCGAAUUGCAGAUAACUUUACAUAAUCAAUUUAUAAUCAAUAAAGACAGAGACCAACAGAAAGACCUUCAAAUUGAACUACUAAUCAAAAAAAUCAGAAAGGAACAUGAAAAUUUAAAAAAUCAACCGAUACCCAACAAAGGAAGCGAGCGUCAGAAACUUUUUCAAAUACUUAAUAAAAACAAUGAGUUUCAAGAAAAACUUAGAAAUCAACUAUUGGUCUAUAAAAACCAUGAUCAAAGGAAAACUCCUCAAAAUAAGCUUUUAGUCAAUAUAGAAGGUGAGCUACAGUAUAAGCCUGAAGAAGAAAGGCGUAAAUCAGACAUUGAGUCAAAAUCAAAAACGAUAAGUACACCAGCAAGCCAAAACAAAAUGAGAAAGAAGAGUUUUUCAAAAGCCGUAGAUAAAUCAACCAGCUCUAACAAAGAUUCUGGGAAGCAAUUGAAUAUGAAUUUCUUCCCUGCAACAGAAUCGCCCCCCAAUUCGAUAAAAAAAGAUGAUACCUCAAUCACAUCAGUUUUUCUGCACGAGGAGCCGUCCUUAGUCGAAGAUUUGGUUACAAUCAGGACAGACAAUAUAUUUUUAGGUGGCCGAAAAUCGAUUGACCGGAAAAACUUUAACGAAAGGUUUAAUUUGGCGAGGAAAGCCAGCGAGGUCUUAUGUAUGACCUCAGAAAUGUACAACGAGAAAUUGAGGAAGUGUAAGCAGUAUCUUAACCGCAUCGAUGUGGGUGAUCUUAACAAAACAGACUCAUCUUCUGUUGACUUUGAGGGAAUACAGGAUCGCGAUUUGCUGCUUUAUCCUUAUACUCAAAUAUAUCAAAAGAAUUGUGAUAUCAGAAAAGAAAAUCAAGCUAAUGUAAGUAAAAUAAUAAAGAAAAGUCCGAAACCAACAACAGAAUUAAAUAAAGAACUUGUUAAAAGUGGAGAAGAAUUGGAGCAGAAGACAGCUUGUAUUAUGUGCCGAACAAUAAAGCGAAAUCACGUCGAAAAGGAAGCACCCUUCUUGGAGGAGAUGAGAAAAGAGCAAAGGCGGCGUGAACUGUUGGCAUACCGAGCAUAUUUUUUGAGCCACGAUAAAUGCGGUAGGGGAUUACUACCUUUUGUGCCCGAUAAAACUGAUCUAAGUCGACCUUUAAGCUUGCAUGAUCUUAGCAAAAAAUUGCUUUACUCUUUGGAGAGCAAAAGAAUUAUUUUUACAAACGAAAAAAAUUCAAGCAACAGCGCCCCGAAAAGUGAUUUAAUUACUUUCCCUGGGAAAAGUAAGUCUGUUACUUUACUCAUGAAAGGUAACUGCAUUACUUUCCUCAAGAAAUGUAAUUGAAUAA